UGGACCUGCUCCGGCGGCCAUCUUGCCGUGAGACAGCAGGAGAUCGGCGCGAUGCUCUCCACCGCUGCUUACGGGGAUCCCGAGCGGGAGCUGGGGAUGGGGCCUCGCGGCUCCGCCGGCCCGGUACAGAUGCGCUUCUCGCCCUACGCCUUCAAUGGAGGUACUGUAUUGGCAAUUGCUGGAGAAGAUUUUUCCAUUGUUGCUUCAGACACCCGGUUGAGUGAAGGGUUUUCAAUUCAUACCCGAGAUAGCCCCAAAUGUUACAAACUAACAGACAAAACGGUCAUCGGCUGCAGUGGUUUUCAUGGAGAUUGUCUCACUCUGACUAAGAUUAUUGAAGCAAGAUUAAAGAUGUACAAGCAUUCCAAUAACAAGUCCAUGACAACCGGGGCGAUCGCCGCAAUGCUCUCUACCAUCCUGUACUCAAGGCGCUUCUUCCCUUACUAUGUUUACAACAUCAUCGGUGGACUUGAUGAAGAAGGAAAGGGGGCUGUGUACAGCUUUGAUCCAGUGGGCUCCUACCAGAGAGACUCCUUCAAGGCUGGAGGCUCGGCAAGUGCUAUGCUGCAGCCUCUGCUAGACAACCAGGUUGGUUUCAAAAAUAUGCAGAAUGUGGAGCAUGUCCCCCUGUCUUUGGACAGAGCGAUGAGGCUGGUGAAAGAUGUCUUUAUUUCUGCAGCUGAGAGGGACGUGUACACUGGUGAUGCCCUCAGGAUCUGCAUCGUGACCAAAGAGGGCAUCAGGGAGGAGACUGUUCCCCUGCGGAAAGACUAAGUGUGGGCCGUGUAUGGGAGCUGUGGCACAAGUUUGUUUUUUAUUAAAAAGAAAUAUAAAGUA